AAAUUGUGUUAUCAGCAGUGUAAAUUCGAUAUAACCUGUAUCGAUGAGUGUUUAGAAUACAGAGUAUAGAGAAAUGAAUAACAAUGAAUUUACCAUUUAUUAGAAAUUUUUCAAACUUAGCACAUAAGAUUUUAAUUAAUCAUUGUCAAUAUAAAGAGAAAAGCAGAUUAUUGUUAUGUAAUAAUAUUAAAGUACAUUUAAUAAGAAGAUCAAAAUCAACUAAUCCAACUCUCUAUGAAAUCAGACAAAAAGCUAAAAAACCUAUUAGUUUAUAUGGAUAUUUUUUGCUUGUUGUGCCAGUUUCAACAUUUUUUCUUGGUACAUGGCAAUUACAAAGACGUCAAUGGAAGUUAAAGUUAAUAGAAGAUUUACAAACUCGAAUAAAUGCUGCACCUAUUGAUUUAAUAGAGAACGUUGAUCGACUGGAUUCUUUGGAAUAUUGUACUGUAAAAGCAAAGGGUAAAUUUUUACAUGAAAAGGAAUUUCUUAUUGGACCUAGAUCUGUAAUUUAUCAUAAUGUAGCAACUGAUACAGGAAAUCUAUUUGCUAGAAGAAAUACUAAUGGAUGGAAUGUUAUUACACCAUUUAAGGUAGAAAAUCAAGACCUAACAAUCUUAGUAAAUCGUGGUUGGAUACCUGACAAAGCAAAAAAUUUACCACGUAGUAAAAUUGAAGAAACUAUUGAAAUCAAUGGUAUUGUAAGAAAAGAAGAAUCCAGACCACCUUUUAAUCCUUCAAAUAAACCUAAAUAUGGAUUAUGGUACUACAGAGACAUAACAAGUAUGGCCAAGAUGGCUGAUACUUCACCUAUAUUUAUUGAUCUAUGGUCCAAAAAUGAUCCUCCUGAAGGUCCACUUAGUUGUCAAACGAAAAUUACAUUACGAAAUGAACAUUUUUCUUAUAUGGUUACUUGGUAUACACUCUCUUUAUGUACUGCAACCAUCUGGUACAAAAUUUUUAUAAAGAAGCUACCACUACAUUAGCACAAAUUUAAAGGUAUUAAUAAUGAAAACUUUGUACAUUAUACAUAUACAAUAAAUGCAAUGCAUGUACAAUUCUUUGCCAUGAAUACUUAUCACAAUUUAAUGAUACUCCUUCUAUUUUAUAGAAUGCACUAUUAAGCAGAUCUCUUCGCGUCUUCAUUUUGUAUGAUAAUAAUGAUAAAUAGAUGGUAUAUCGAUUUUUAAUCGAAGAAAUAAAGUGUAACAUUGUGACUCAAUUAAGUAAGUUGAUAUAUGUAUAUAUUCUUUUGUAUUAUAACUUGUAUAGUUUAGAUAUAAUCCAUUUGUUCAUUAAAAAAUAUUUCUUAUCAUCUUAUUUCUAAUAAGAUAUUUAAUAAAAUAAACGAAUGUCUAACUUAUAAUCAUAGAUUUCUUUAUUUUAUAACGCAACAAGUGAGUACUCCAUUUAUAGGAGAAUAUUAAUUGCUCCCAGAAACAUUAUUUCCCGUAUUAUAACAACAAUAACAGCGAUAAUAGCGAUCAUUAUCAGCAAAAUUGCUAACGAUGAUCGUAGUAUAUAGUACAUUAACGAAUGAGCAUAGAAAAUAUCUUUAUACAAAUAUGAAAAUAUACAAUAUACAAAUUACAUCAAUAGUGUGUACAUUCUUUUAUGUAAUAUUAUAAUAAAAUAGAGCGAUAUAUCAUUAAUAAUGAAACGACGAUGAACGCAGAACCCACUUGUAAACACGUCGAUGUAAUUGGAUAAAAGGAACACCUUUAUACCCCAUUUAUCGUUAUCUAAAUUUAUGAAACUCUGCGGCUGCAUAGCAGACCUUGUGAGAGAUAUGAUUACUGAUAUAAUGGAAAAGGCAUCAAACUUAACGUUGUCGUGCCAGUGGUAAUGAAACACACGGGCAUAUUAAUCGUACCGAACAUGCGGUUGUUUCGAACGAAAACCUUUCGUUUUAUUGUCGCAAUUGAUUAUACCAACGUUAAUUUAAAUAUCGAUAUAAUAAGCAUAUAUAAUUCUCUCGUGCAAGAUACACAAUUCAUAAAAUAAAUUUGCCUACGUAUCCAGAUAUACGACACAAUAAUCAUAAUAAUUUCUUAUUAUUACGGAAUACAACGCAAGAUCAAUAUUUGAGUAAAUUUGAUUGCGUUUAUUUUCUAUUAUACCUUAUCGUUCACGUAGAUUUUAUUCAUAUGUAUAUAUAAUACACGUGAAUCUCAAACAAAUUCACGAAUAUCACCUCUUCUUUUUUCUAUUUUUUUUUUUCUUUUCCACAAUGCAGAAGUCAGAAAGUUAAGAAAAUUUCUAUUCUAUCCAACAGUCCACCUCGUUGUACAGAUGUUAUCGAUGAAGGACUGAUUCUUACCCCUAUUCCAA